AUGUUAUAUUUCAUUAUUUCAAAUUACGUCAUUGACUCCUGGACAUACGCAGCCCACAAACAUAAUUUACUGAAAUACGACUUCACAACCAGAAACCUCCCAGACGGCAGCAAAGACCUCCUCAUGACAACAUGUCCUCGGUCAGUUUGCAUUGGCACAAUUGUACCACAAGUAAGUAAAGAAACCUUUCUUUCUUUCUUUCUAUCUUUCUGUUUUUCUGUCUUUCUUUCUUUUUGUCUUUCUUUCUUUCUUCCUUUCUUUCCUUCUUUCUUUCUUUCUUUCUUUCUGUUUUUCUAUCUUUCUUUCUUUCUUUCUGUUUUUCUGUCUUUCUUUCUUUUUGUCUUUCUUUCUUUUUGUCUUUCUUUCUUUCUUUCUUUCUUUCUUUCUUUCUGUUUUUCUAUCUUUCUUUCUGUCUGUAUUUCUUUCUUUCUUUCUUUCUUUCUGUUUUUCUGUCUUUCUUUCUUUUUGUCUUUCUUUCUUUCUUUCAUUCUGUCUUUCUUUCCUUCUUUUUUCUUUCUGUCUUUCUUUCUUUUUUCUUUCUUUCUUUCUUUUUUUCUUUCUGUUUUUCAUUCUUUCUUUCUUUCUUUCUUUCUAGCUUUCUUUCUUUCAGUUUUUCUAUCUUUCUUUCUUUUUUUUCUUUCUUUUUUUUCUUUCUGUUUUUCUGUCUUUCUUUCUUUCUCCUCUUUUUCCUGCUUUCCAUUUAUAUCAAUCCUUCUCGAUAGGAUGUCACCACAAACUUUGGUUCUUAAUUUCUUUCACAAUUUUUCUUUCUUCAAAGUGUUUCUUUUCUUUUGA